AUGCUCCACUUACUUGGUGUCAAUUUACCUGAUAGAAAAUUAGUAAGCACUGCACUCCAAUACUUUUACGGUAUCGGCGAACCCACAGCCAUUAAAUUAUGUCAAAAAUUAUCUAUUCCACCCACAUUAAAAGUGAUUGAAUUGAGCGAAGUGCAAGUCAACGAGUUAACAAACACCUUGGCCAACAUGACCAUCGAAACCGAUUUGAAGAGACAAGUCAGAGAGCAAGUUAUGCAUCACCGUAACAUCAAUAACUUUAUCGGCAGAAGACACGCUAUGAGCUUACCUGUGCGUGGACAAAGAACCAGAAACAAUGCUAAAAAUGCAAAGAAGUUGAACGGUAGAUGGGUACAACGCAGAGGAAUGUCAAUGUGGACACAGCUACAACAGGGCCCAUUGAACAACUUUUUAGAAAAGUACAUGUAG